GGGCAGUUUGUUUCGCCGAGCGGCAGGCGUUGACCAACGCAACCGCAACCGCAACUACAACCACGCAACCACAACUCGACAUCGCUCCCCACCAUCCCAACUUCCCAACCGCGCUGGAUUUUCACUGGAUGCUGGUGUAUGCACGAGGGCUCGAGCUCGAGCUCGAGCUCGAGCUUCCUGUUUCCGGGCUCUUGGUUUGGUCUUCUUGGCUCACCGUUUCCCAACUUCCUCCCAACUCGUUGAAUGGUCCACAGAUGCAUUCGAGCAGCUUGCUAGGUGCCUACGGAAGAAAACUCUACUCAAAAAGAAGCUUCGCCUGUCCCGAGCUUUGCGAUCCCAAUUACAACCUCGAUGAUCUUCCGAUCACUGCACUACGCACGGGCGGCCGCUCUGGUGCCAUAGGGAAGCGAUCUUCCCGCGUGCCCGCUAGAACCUGCUGGCCAGCCAUGACUUUCAAUGGUGCACCAGACUUUGCCCCAAUGGGGGCUUGCAGACGAACGAACCACUGCAGCGCACAGAAGGCUAACGGGAUGAUCAAUGAAACCUGGGGUUGUACCUGGGGUCGCCUCCGCCGCCGCCGCCGCCGCCAGCACGCUUCCGUGUGGCCCCGCUUGCGACCCGUCUCAGUUCGGGCCUCGGGAUCAUAUCGUCUCCAGACCCGGCCAAGCGCCGGCAGCUGUUGUCGAUUGGUCCCCCGGUCACCUCAACACCAUAAGGCUGUUUCAUCCAACGCCCGCGAAAUGAUCGCAACGCUACCUGCCUCUUCCGACGAAGGGAAAAAAACUUACUUUAGGCGGUUAAAGAGAGCGCCCUGCCCGAGGCAGCGCCGCAAUCCUACGAGAUGCCGUGUCUCUCGGCCUUUGUUCCCGAUUAUCAACCCGGAGGUUGGCGGUAAUUCUGAGGCAAUCCUUCCCUUCUGGAUUCAGUCCUAUUCCUCAGUCUCGUUCCUGGUCACUUGCUCGCCCACUGUUGGUGAUGCUUCUGAUGCAAUCCUCUCAAGCUGUUGCCCGUGCCUCCCUGGCAUGCCUUCCAUGAGGAGCAGUUGAUGGCAUUCGAUCACCAUUGGCAGCCAUGGCCGGCUGUGUGUGUGAAGUGUGCUGGGACGGGUGCAUGCCGGCCGUGCUGCGCCGUAACCACGUUUUUUACUUAAUUAUCAGACUCGCGCCGUAUGCAUCUGCAGUUUGCAACGCUGCGAAUUGUCGAAUUGGAGCAGUCAAGUGCCGUUGUCCUGCCUCGUCGUGUCGUGCUUAGCAGCGGCUCAAUCUCAAUUUGCUGCUCUUCACCGCGGGGACUUUUUCCGUCUAGAUUUUUUUUCUCGUCUCGCUGCAGAUCUGGUGUCACCGCUCUCAAGUCAACC